AUGCUACGUGGCGACCCCGCCGCAUCUACCGCCGCAUCUACCGCCGCGGCAACACAUACGGCGACUCGAUCUACAAGCGGUGCGCUUACAAGCCCCGCGGCUCGAUCCUGUCGACACCAGCCGCAACUUUCCGCUGAACAACAGCAGCGCUGGUUGCGGCGGGAAUCGCGGCAAGAUACGAUCUGGCCGCGAAGCCCAUGGCAGGGCCAGGCGAGGUUCUUACGGAGGGAGUUGCGGCGGCAAACCCGGGGAUUUAGACACGCGGCGACGUGUGCAGGUGACGAGGGAGUCGGUCCCGCGCCUGGGGGUGUAGAGCUCGGUGGAGUGGAGGAGCCCGGCGUUGUUAACGAAAACAGAGCGGUAUUUCGCGAUGGCAUCGAUAAGAGCGACAGCGGUCAACAUCAGCCUUCGUUAGAGUCGCUUUCGGGUGUAACACCGCCAAACGGAGCAGCUAAUCACGCGGCGACGGCGGCUCCGUUUGUCAAAGACGCAACCCCGGGUUCUAGAAGCGGGGGCGGCACCAUUCUGGGAGCCGUGGCGCUCAUUAUAGGAACGUCCGUUGGCGCGGGCGUGCUGGCGCUGCCUGCGGAGACUGCACCCGCGGGUGUUUUCCCCUCGUCAUUCGUGCUAAUAGCCUGCUGGGCCUUCCUGUGCCUCGAAGCUCUGCUGCUGGCGGAAGUCAACGUCGCUCUCAUCAAGGAACGAUUCGUUCUCGCAUAUUUUGCAAAAGGAGGGGAAGUCUUGGCGUUUGGCACAGGUCUCCCCAACUGGGUGGGUGCUGUGGGGUUCUUUGCGGUGCUGGGUGGUUUAAUCUACAGUGGCAGCACCAGAACAGCGGAUAUAAUAAACCGGGUAUUGACAGCCGGUUUGUUGGGGAUAUUUACCCUGCUGGUCUGCGGAGGGGCGGCAAUCGCGGACUGGGAUGAGCUGGCAGUCGCUGAUUGGUCAGAAAUGCCGACCACUCUCCCAGUAAUCUUCCUCGCACUGGUCUUCCACGAUUUGAUUCCCGUGAUCUGCACGUAUCUGGACGCGAAUCUGGGGAAGAUUCGGGCGGCAAUCGUGAUCGGCAGUGCAGCACCAUUGACGAUGUUUCUAGUUUGGGACGCCAUUGCUCUCUCUAUCUCUCCUUCUGUUCUCACUUCCACUGCUGCAGCCGCCGCCGCUGCUCCUGCCGGUGCUUUUUCCCUCACCUCCCUCUCCUCCGCCGUCUCCUCUCUCUCCUCCUCCCUCUCCCACCUCGCCUCCUCCCUCCCCUCCUCCCUCUCCACCGCCCUCUCCACUCCCUCACUCUCUCACACGCUCUCCACGCCCUUCCAAGACCCGCUGAACCUCCUCCUCCUGCAAGGCUCGCCGCUCCAAGCCUCAGUCGUUCUCGCGUUCUCUUUCCUCGCCGUAGCAACAUCGUUCCUUGGCACGUCACUAGCCCUGGCGGAAUUCUUUAUGGAGCAGCUGGGAUUGAUAGCUGCUGGUGGGGACAAGAGGAGAGGAGGCGAGGAGGAGCAACUGGGGUUGAUUAGAGCAGGUGACAGGAGGGAUGAAGAGCAGCUGGAGCUGAUAAGCGUGGGAGACAGGACGAGAAACGGGGAGCAACAGGGGCUAUUAUACCUGAACAGCCAGAGGAAUCAAGCUAAGGAGCAGCAGGAGUCAGCAGUUACCGCUGCAGAUUUCAUGGAAACCGGAUUAGGGUUUGUGAGGUCGCAUGUGAGGGAGGUGGGGUUUCUCCUGGCCCUCUGCCCGCCGCUGCUGGUGGCUCUGGCGAAUCCUGGCGCGUUUGUCGCAGCGAGCAAGGCGGCUGGCGCAUACGGCAUGACCGUGCUGUAUGGGAUCAUGCCUCCACUCAUGUUCUACGCACAUCACAAGCAGGAGGCAGUAGUGUGCGACCCAGCAACCAAGGACUGCACCCAACACCACCGGUGGCUCGAGCCGGGGGGAAGCUUCGCUCUGGCCAGCAUGGGGGCGUGCGCUUUCUCCGUCAUCGCGGGGCAAGCCCUGCUCGAUUCCUCCCUCAGCGCAUCCUUCUUGUCUUCACGAGGGGAAGGAGGGGCGUUCGUCCUCGCUCAGAGCGACUCGGAUGCGGUAUCUGCGGAACCCCCUGCGUCGCGGAGCGGCGGCGGCACUAUCCUCGGUGCAGUCACACUCAUUAUUGGCUCGUCCGUCGGCGCGGGCGUGCUGGCCUUGCCAUCCGAAACCGCUCCUGCGGGCUUCUUUCCCUCGUCCAUGGUCCUCAUCGGCUGUUGGGCCUUUCUCGUGCUCGAGGCGCUGCUGCUGGCCGAAGUCAAUGUCUCGCUGCUCAAGGAGCGAUCCGAUAAAAGCAACACCGCUAACGCGUCUGGUGCCGAGGCUGAGCGAGGUUCGGACGUCCUUUCCUACCGAACCAUGGCCGAGGCGACGCUCGGGCCUCUGGGCGGCACGAUCGCAACCGCAGCGUAUUUAUUCUUGUCGUUUACACUCAUGGUGGCGUAUUUCGCCAAGGGCGGCGAAGUGAUGUCGUUGGGGACGGAUUUGCCGCGUUGGCUCGGUGCAUCGGGGUUCGCAGUGGUGCUCGGCGGUUUGAUCUACUGCGGAAACACGCGCACGGCUGACCUCGUCAACCGAGCUCUGACCGCCGCCCUGCUUGGAAUCUUCGCGGCUCUGGUUUGCGGAGGCUCCACACUUGCCGACUGGGACCAGCUGGGCUUCGCUGAUUGGUCCGACAUGUCAUCCACGCUCCCCGUCAUCUUCCUCGCGCUCGUCUUCCACGAUCUCGUCCCCGUCCUCUGCGCGUACCUCGACGCGGAUCUCAGGAAGAUCCGCACCGCGCUCCUCGUCGGCAGCUCCGUGCCGCUCGCCAUGUUCCUCACCUGGGACGCGAUCGUGCUCUCCAUCUCGCCGUCCUCCAUCGCCGCCGCCGGCGCCGCCGGAGCCGCUGCCGGCGCUAACGCCAGGGAUCUCGCGUCGUCCGUCCUCUCGUCCGUUACCGCCGUCGGAUCGUCGUUCGCGAAUCUCGCGUCGUCGUUCCCUACGUCUCUCGCGACCGCGCUCUCAGCCCCCGCGUUUCCCGCUCUCGCGUUCCCCGCACAGGACCCCUUCCAGCUCUUCAUGCACCAGGCCACGCCCCUCCAAUCAGCCGCUGUCCUCGCGUUCUCGUUUCUAGCCGUUGCCACGUCAUUCCUCGGAUCCUCCCUCGCGCUGUCCGAGUUUUACAUGGAGCAGAUCGGUAACUUGGUUUUCGGCGGGAAAUCCGCGGAGGCCAAAGCGGAGGAUCAGAACCUGAAGCAGCAGGAGAGUGUUGCUAGUGGGGUUCAUAUCAAGGAGGCGGGGUUAGGGUUCGUAAGGUCGCAUGUGAGGGAGGUGGGGUUCUUGCUGGCCCUCUGCCCGCCUCUCGCGGUAGCUUUGGCGAAUCCGGGUGCGUUUGUUGCGGCGAGUAAGGCGGCUGGUGCAUACGGCAUGACUGUACUGUACGGUAUCUUGCCGCCAUUGAUGUUCUACGUUCAUCAUAAGCAGAAGGCGGAGAAGGAGGUUAAGGCGACUGGUUCGGCAGGAGGCUCGUUCUGGUUGCAGCCAGGUGGCAGCCUCGCGUUGGCCAGCAUGGGUGGGCUUUCGUGUGCUGUAAUUGCCGGCCAGGCGAUGAUCGAUGCAUCUGUGAUUUCACCAGGCUCGCUUGGUUCUUCACAACCGUCGAUUGUCUUGGCCCAGGGGGAUCGCGAUUCCAUGGCUGAUAUUCCCUCUAGAAGCCAACUCACUAUGGCGACAAUCCGAAGCCCAGUUGCUGCUGGUACCAUGGAGGCCCCUCCCCUCGUUUAUGCUAGCCAAUCACUCGCUGCCAGCUGCAUGACCGCCCCUCCAACCUCUGAUCUCCAGCACGAUGCGUUCUUGAAUCUUCGAGAGUCUGCGUCUACGAAUCCCCUGCUGGCUCCGUUACCCGUUUCGCACAACUCGCAGUGCCUGACGUUCACGAUGUCAGACCUCGAGGCGUUUGAUUCGACACAGGAGACCCUGAUUGUGGACAUUUGA